AUGAGUGCUGAAACGGAUACAUCCCUAAUCGACGAAGCUGAACAAGCAGCAAAGUCGGCAGCAGUUGAAUGGAUUCGCGAGGCUCUUCGAGAAACAUUCAUGCAGGGACUAAAGUCUGUCUGGAAGGUUACCAAGGACGAGGAAGAAGAUUACACCAUUCAGCUGUCGCCAGAAGGAUUUGAGUCUUGCCUUUCACUUGUCGAAGAUCUUUCCAACAGAUGGAAGAAUGAUCUUGCCAAAACAGGACACACAAGGACGGGUGAAUGGGUCAUGGAAGUUUUUCUACAAGGCAAGCCGGAUCUAUGGACAAAGCCAAUUCUAACCAGCACGACAGAACCAUCCAAAAUACCAGCGACGGCGACGGCGAAUGGCGAUCCUGAGAAAAACAAUGCCCAAGAGGAAAAUGAGUUGGAACAAAAUCAAGAGGGGGAUCAUGCACAAAAAGAUGGUGACCAAGCGACACCGCCUAGCUCCCAAAAGAUCCCCUAUUGCAAGCUCCGAAGACUAUGUCGCAAGGUUCAUAUUGACGACCAGCUGCCCGAGAAUCCGCUGGAGAUCUUGCAGAAUAUGGGAAGGCGUGGCGAAUCGUACUGGCCAUUGGACUGGAAGCUGAUUGAGGAUGCUGCCAAGAUGGAACGACCGAAACGGCGUGCCCCACAGAAAAAUGCUGUUGGCGAUGAUGAUGAUGAUGUAGACAAUCCAGAUAUGCCACCUCCACCUGCCAAGAGGCAAAAAGUAGACGCGGAAAUUGUCGGAAGACCAGCUACGGAUCUGUCUUCCAUAGGAAUAUUCUCGGAUGACUUUUCUGAGGAGGAGAAAGAAAGGAUCCGGGCCGAAUAUAUCCACCCAGAACCGUCCGAUAAUUCCUCGGACUCAUCGAAAGGCCCUCCGUUGGUGCUCUUUGGUGCAAUUCAAAAGGUUGGGAACAUCAAUUAUCACAAGAGACACCACACCGAGUGGACUGAAAAGAAGGUCAAUCGGGAACGAAACGCAGCCAUUGCUGAACGAUUGUACCCGAACAAGUUGGAUUCCAAUCUGAAUGUUCGCACAUAUCGAUCCAAAGUUCUGAAAACAAAAUCUAGAUUUGACGAAAGCGAACAAUACAUUGAUAUGGAUAUGGGAUGGUCACUCAUGGAAGUCCGAGACCCAGAUAAUGAAAGUGAAAAGCGAUUAUGCGCCUUUUCUAGUGUGGAAGUGCGGCUCGAGGAAAAGAGUAAGGACGCUGAUGGCUUAUACUAA